AUGUCAUUCCGGAAGGUCGUGCGCCAGAGCAAGUUCCGCCACGUCUUUGGGCAGCCGGUCAAGAACGACCAGUGCUACGAUGACAUCCGGGUAUCGCGGGUCACCUGGGAUAGCACCUUCUGUGCUGUCAACCCCAAGUUUGUGGCCGUGAUUGUGGAGGCCAGUGGGGGAGGAGCAUUCAUGGUGCUCCCACUACACAAGACGGGGCGCAUUGAUAAGUCCUACCCUACAGUAUGUGGGCAUACCGGGCCUGUUUUGGACAUUGACUGGUGCCCACACAAUGAUCACAUAAUUGCCAGUGGUUCUGAGGACUGCACUAUAAUGGUAUGGCAGAUCCCAGAGAACGGGCUGACACUGCCUCUGACAGAACCGGUAGUGGUUCUAGAAGGGCACUCAAAGCGUGUGGGCAUCCUCACUUGGCAUCCAACAGCCCGCAACGUCCUUCUCAGUGCAGGCUGUGAUAACGUGGUUAUCGUAUGGAACGUGGGUACAACGGAAGAACUUUACCGCCUCGAUGACCUGCAUCCAGACCUCAUCUAUAAUGUCUGCUGGAAUCGUGACGGAAGCCUUUUCUGCUCAGCUUGCAAGGACAAGAGUGUGCGCAUCAUUGACCCACGCCGUGGGCAGGUUGUUGCGGAGAAGGAGAAAGCCCACGAAGGAGCACGCCCUAUGCGGGCCAUCUUCUUGGCUGAUGGGAAGAUCUUCACAACCGGCUUCAGCCGUAUGAGCGAACGGCAGCUGGUGCUCUGGGACCCCGAGAAUCUGGAGGAGCCCAUGGCAUUGCAAGAGCUGGACUCAAGCAAUGGGGCCCUUCUUCCCUUCUACGACCCCGAUACCAGUGUGGUCUAUGUCUGUGGCAAGGGAGACUCAAGCAUCCGGUAUUUUGAGAUCACAGCAGAGGCACCCUACAUCCACUUCCUGAACAUAUUCACUAGCAAGGAGCCACAGCGUGGCAUGGGAUGGAUGCCCAAGCGAGGUCUGGACGUCAACAAGUGUGAGAUUGCCAGGUUCUACAAGCUCCAUGAGCGGAAAUGUGAACCCAUUAUCAUGACAGUGCCAAGGAAGUCAGAUCUGUUCCAAGACGACUUGUACCCGGACACAGCAGGGCCAGAAGCUGCCAUGGAAGCAGAGGAAUGGGUGGCGGGGAAGACAGCAGCCCCGAUCCUCAUCUCCCUGCGUGAAGCCUACGUGCCCACCAAGCAGCGGGACUUCAAGGUCAACCGAAGGAGCUUGUUGCACGAGAGCCAGCCUGUCGCCGCCAGCACCAGGCUGAGUGCCACACACCCCAGUGCCACGUCCCAGCCUGCUGCCACACCUCCCAUCAGCAGUGGCACUGCCAGCGGGGAAGGUGGGCAGACAGUGGAGGAGGUGCUGCGUGAGGUGGCAUCGCUGCGAGCACUUGUGGCUGCACAGGGAGAGCGCAUCACACGGCUGGAGGAGCAGCUGAGCCGCAUGGAGAAUGGCGACGUCUAGGGGGCCCCUGAAGAGGCCUCUCCAGCACGGAUCUUCUCAAGGCUUCACCCUCCUCGAGCUGCCAGUGGAUCCUCCGCACUGCCUCCUCCUGACCCGCCCUCUCUUGCUGCUGCUGCUGCUGCUGGGGAAAUGUACAAGCCUCCUUUUCUCGCUGCUCUCCCGUUCCGUGUUCCUCAACCACGGGGCAGUUGCUGGGCUCUCCACGUCUGCCCCUUUGCCUUAUCUCGUUCAGGGUCCUCCUGCUCUGCCCCACGGCCGGGGUGAUCCUUGCCCUCCCUGUGGGGACCAGAACUAGCUACGUGCUCUGCCUGGUAUGUUCCUGCCCCCCC